AUAAAAAUGGCGUUUUGUCGAUUUGGUUCGAAAAGAGCCGCGUAUGGAGGUCUGCGUGUCUUGCGCCACCUUUAUUCCACCGAGGUGAAAGCGGCACCUAAAAUCACAACUCAUCAUACAAUAGUCUCCAGGGAAACAGAUCCAAGAUGGAAAGAUGUAAAUAUGGAGCGCUUCGCCGACGAAUGUGACGUCUUGAUCGUUGGGGGCGGACCAGCCGGUCUGGCCGCAGCAUGUCGAAUCAUGCAGCUGGCCAAGUCACAGGAGAAAGAGCUUCGAGUCUGUGUCCUCGAGAAGGCAUCUGAGAUUGGAGGUCACACGUUGUCUGGUGCAGUUAUUGAGCCCACGGCCCUGCGGGAACUUUUCCCCGAUUUUGAAGAUAGGAGUUUUCCAGAGCACACUCCAGUUAAAGAAGACAGAUUUGCAUUUCUCACAGAAAAGUACAGGAUUCCAAUUCCUUUACUGCCAGGUAUGCCGAUGCAUAAUUAUGGUAAUUUCAUAGUUCGUCUUGGUCAUAUUGUACGAUGGCUAGGCGAGCAGGCAGAGGAGCUUGGGGUAGAGUUAUUCCCGGGAUUUGCUGGCAGCGAGGUCAUUUAUCACGAGGAUGGGAGUGUCAAGGGAGUCGCCACCAAUGAUGUGGGCAUUUACAAGGAUGGCUCACCUAAGGAAACAUUUGAGCGAGGGAUGGAACUUCAUGCUAAGUGUACAAUAUUCGCCGAGGGUUGCCAUGGCCACCUAUCUAAACAAGUCAUAAAAAAAUACGAUCUGAGGAAAGAUAAGGAGCCGAUGACAUACGGAAUAGGUCUGAAGGAAUUGUGGGAAGUCCAGCCGGAGAAUCACGUUCUUGGGAGGACGGAGCAUGCUGUAGGGUGGCCUCUGGAUUAUCAGACUUAUGGAGGCUCAUUCUGUUAUCAUCUCCAAGAGGGCGGUGUGCCACUUAUAUCAAUAGGUUAUGUUGUUGGCCUAGAUUAUGCCAACCCUUACGUGAGCCCAUUCAAAGCAUUCCAGCAGUUUAAGCAUCAUCCGAGUAUAGCAAAGUACCUAAAGGGAGGCAAGAGAAUCGGCUACGGUGCUAGGGCGUUGAAUGAAGGUGGAGUGCAAUCAAUUCCUGAUCUAACGUUUCCGGGUGGAUGUCUGAUUGGCUGUGCGGCUGGUUUCCUCAACGUCCCCAAGGUCAAAGGAUCUCACAAUGCCAUGAAGAGUGGUAUGAUCGCAGCGGAGGCGGUAUACGAUGCAGUGAAUGAGGGCUCGUCACAAACUGCUGGGAUUGAACCAGUGAAGUAUGAUGGCAUGCUGAAGGAGAGUUGGGUUUGGAAGGAGUUGCACCAGAUCAGGAACGUGAGGCCGUCGUUUAACACACCACUGGGUCUCUUCGGUGGGAUGUUCUACACUGGUGUCAUAAGCUACCUGCUCAGGGGGAAAGAACCGUGGACUUUCAAACAUGGAGGUGCUGAUAACACACAUCUGAAACCAGCCGCAGAAUGUAAACAAAUUGAGUAUCCAAAGCCAGAUAAUGAGAUCAGCUUCGAUCUGUUGACGUCUGUCGCCUUGACGGGGACGAACCAUGACCAUGACCAACCAGCCCAUUUGACACUAUAUGACGACUCCGUGCCAGAGGACCAUAAUUUAGCUAUCUAUGAUGGACCUGAGCAGCGCUUCUGUCCUGCUGGUGUAUAUGAAUACGUAGAAAAAGAAGACGGUAGUGGGAAGCGGUUGCAGAUCAAUGCGCAGAACUGCAUCCAUUGUAAGACGUGUGAUAUCAAGGAUCCGUCUCAAAACAUCAACUGGGUUUGUCCGCAAGGUGGAGAGGGACCAGCUUAUAAUGGGAUGUGAGGAUGGGGCAUUGGAGGUGUAAAAAAUUUUCUAGGGACUUUGAAUGAUGGCAUUGGCUACAGGCUUUCGUCUGUUUUAGACGAAAAAGUAAUGUUGAUAAUUUUGCGCCAAUCAAGCUUUGAUUUUGCUUGUGAGGUCAGUACUUAUAGUGGUAAUCUGGGUCAAGAAAUACUGGUUUCCUAUCUGUUUUGAUUAAUUGGGAGCAAAUUUCGUAAGAAUAUGAUUAACUGAUUAUUAUUCAAGUGCUCUACUUGGUUGGGCAGAAUUACUGUGUAAUUUUAAUGGAUUCUAGAAAAGGUAUUAAAAGGUUCUCAGGAAUAUAUACCACUCGUAGUCAUAGGUAUAAUCAAAGAUAAACAAAUACCAUAUUGUAUUCUCAUUAUAAUGAGGUAUCUUUGACUGAGAAAUACUCGUGGUGGCUUUUGAAAAGAUUUUCAAUUAAUAAUACCUUUCUGUUACAUAUGGGGCUCUCGUUAGUAAUCAGAUGGUUAAUUGAUGGUACAUUUGUACUUCUAAUUAAUUAAUAUGUUUAAUUAGAUAUAAAAAACAUGUCAUCUUUAAUUGGUUGGUGCAACUUUCAGAGUUUCCCGGACCUCAAUCAUGGUCAUGACAAAAAAACAUACCUGUGACUUUCUUCUCAGACAUUAAAAUAUUGGAACUGAAGCAUUUGCAGGUGGAUUUCUAAGUCUGUCACCUUGUACAUACAUAUACAUCAAGUGCUAUGUCCAUUAUCAACCUGGAGAGUCAGUUUUCCAACUUGCUGAGAACCAGGUUGGCCUUCCAACUUUCCGAGCUGGCCUGUCCAAGAAGAGGAGAAUUUUACCGAUUCUCCAGGGUGAUUAUAGAUGACUUGAUAAUAGGUGCCAACAGUAAUAGGCAGCAUAAGGCUCAAGAUGGUACCUACCCCACUCAAACUAGAUUAGAGCCGCUAUCAUUCACUAAGCAAGACUGUUAUUUAUUUAUUGUGUGAAAGUUGUGCAGCUAACCUGAAGCCACUAUGUGAUAGCAUGAUUUGUGAAUUGUCAAAUAAAUUGUAUAGAUUAAA